GAGAGAGAGAGUGUGUGUGUGUGGCGUGUGAGUCGUGCAAUGCGAUGCCAUGCAAUGUAACGUGAUGCCGAGCAAAUGUGCAGCUCAGGGGCUGAGCUGAGCUGAGCUGAACUCAGUGGCUUGGUUUACAGACACAGGGAGAGAGGCAACAUGAGCGAGUCGGGCCGGAGGGGCAACGACCACAGGAACUACACAGGCUGCAAGCGGCCGCGCAACGGGGGCAACAAGGUGACCGUGGUCCUGGGCGCCCAGUGGGGAGAUGAAGGGAAAGGCAAAGUCACUGACCUGCUGGCUGUCGACGCUGACGUUGUGUGCAGGUGCCAGGGCGGAAACAAUGCUGGCCACACAGUUGUUGUAGAUGGAAAAGAAUAUGAUUUUCACCUUUUACCGAGUGGCAUUAUUAAUCCAAAAGCCAUUUCCUUUAUUGGUAAUGGUGUCGUUAUCCAUCUACCUGGGUUGUUUGAAGAGGCUGAUAAAAAUGAAAAGAAAGGGCUGAAGGAUUGGGAGAAAAGGCUGAUCAUUUCUGACAGAGCACACUUAGUGUUUGAUUUCCAUCAAGCUGUCGAUGGACUUCAAGAAGUGCAACGACAAGAACAGGAAGGAAAAACUAUUGGCACCACAAAGAAAGGGAUAGGACCAACAUACUCUUCAAAAGCAGCACGCACCGGUCUCCGUGUCUGUGACCUGUUGGCUGACUUUAAUGAGUUUCGUUGCAGAUUUAAACUUCUGGCUCAACAAUACCAGUCUAUGUUCCCCAGUCUGAAAGUAGACAUUGAAGGACAACUUAACAAAUUAAAGGAGUACGCUGAACGGAUAAGGCCGAUGGUACGAGAUGGUGUUUACUUUAUGUAUGAGGUGCUGCAUGGUCCAUCUAAGAAAAUCCUUGUGGAAGGUGCUAACGCAGCACUACUUGACAUAGACUUUGGGACUUAUCCUUUUGUGACCUCAUCAAAUUGCACAGUUGGGGGAGUGUGCACAGGGCUUGGUAUUCCUCCAUCGAAUAUUGGAGAUGUUUAUGGUGUAGUGAAAGCUUAUACUACUAGAGUGGGUAUUGGAGCUUUUCCAACUGAACAAGUCAAUGAAACUGGUGACCUGCUGCAGAGUCGGGGUCAUGAAGUGGGUGUCACUACAAGCAGAAAAAGACGCUGUGGCUGGUUAGACUUAAUCAUUUUAAAGUAUGCCAAUAUGAUCAACGGAUUUACUGCUUUAGCAUUAACAAAGUUGGAUAUCCUGGACGUCUUUGAUGAUAUCAAGAUUGGUUUAGCCUACAAACUGAAUGGAAGAAGGAUCCCAUAUUUUCCAGCAAACCAGGAAAUCCUGAAUCAAGUGGAGGUUGAGUAUGAAACACUCCCAGGCUGGAAGAGCAGCACUGCCAAUGCUAGGAGUUGGGGUGAUCUUCCACCAAAAGCUCAAAGCUACAUUAGAUAUGUUGAAAAUCAUGUUGGAGUUCCAAUUAAAUGGAUUGGUGUGGGGAAAGCAAGAGAGUCCAUGAUCCAACUCUUCUAAAUGAAGAACGGGGCUCCAGGUGGAUAAUCGAAUAAGAAACCAUAUUAUUCAAGAAACAAAACCUGAUGUUUUUUUGUGCUUCUCGUUGUGCAAAGUGCAAUUCAUAAUUUCACAAUUUCGUAACUGCCAAUGAGGUUCAUUAUUUACUGGACAGAAUUCCUAAAGCAUCAUGUACUUGUUGUUCGUUUGACAUUAUCAGAAUUCAGGGAUAAUCCAUGACUUUUUUCUCUCUUCAUGAAAUAUGUUUACCCAUUUCAUGGAGUUAACAUUGUCCUGGUGGAUAAACAGAACUAAAUUAUUUUAAUUUAAAAAAAUUUUUUAGGCCAGCCCAAGAAUGAGAUUUUAUAUUUAUUAGAUACCUUCAGCACAUGCAGAGCUGGUUUCAUAUUUGACCGCUUUCAAAAUGACCUUCCCGCAACUAUUGAAAUUGGCCAAUUUCAAUGAUCUGCAUGGAUGGGCUGGUGCUCUUAUUUCCAUGUACCCUGUAAGAUAUGUUUAGAACUGUUAUUUCCAAAUCCUUUGCAAUCAUGUAACACUUCAAUAAAUCAUGUUUCACCUGUCUGUAUAUUGUGACUUACAUCAGGGUACAUGUUGAAUGAUGUAUCAUAUUCUGUCUUCCAGCGAUAGGAAUCUGGUUGCCCGUAUACAUCUUUUGAGAUUUUUGGAGUUUCCCCCAAAGCCUGCUGCCCUUGAUUGCAAUAAGUAUUUAGCUCUUCACAAGCUAGAUCUUCCUCGAAACUGUAAUGUUUAAUUAAACAAACAACUAUUAAGGUACAA